GAUCCGCCUGCCUCUGCCUCCCGAGUGCUGGGAUUAAAGGCGUGCGCCACCACCGCCCGGCUUCUGGCUCCAUUUUUAAACUCCCGUCUCGCCACCGGUCUCGCCUCCUUGGAGUGAAAUCAUGAAGGUGGUGAACCUGAAGCAAGCCAUUUUGCAAGCCUGGAAAGAGCGAUGGAGCGACUACCAGUGGGCAAUCAACAUGAAGAAAUUCUUUCCGAGAGGAGCCACCUGGGACAUUCUCAACCUAGCAGAUGCGCUCCUGGAGCAGGCCAUGAUUGGACCGUCCCCAAAUCCUCUCAUCCUGUCCUACCUGAAGUACGCCAUCAGUUCCCAGAUGGUCUCCUACUCGUCUGUACUCACAGCUAUCAGUAAGUUUGAUGACUUUUCCCGGGACCUGUGUGUCCAGGCUUUGCUGGAUAUCAUGGACAUGUUUUGUGACCGACUCAGUUGCCACGGCAAAGCGGAGGAAUGCAUCGGGUUGUGCCGAGCGCUUCUUAGCGCCCUCCACUGGCUGCUGCGUUGUACAGCCGCUUCUGCAGAGCGGCUCCAGGAAGGACUGGAGGCUGCCACUCCAGCCACUGGGGAAAAGCAGCUAGCCUUGUGCCUGCAGUGCCUGGAAAAGACCCUCAGCAGCACCAAGAACCGAGCUCUGCUACACAUCGCCAAACUAGAGGAGGCCUCAUUGCAUACAUCCCAGGGACUUGGGCAGGGUGGCACCCGAGCCAAUCAACCAACAGCCUCCUGGACUGCCAUUGAGCAUUGCCUUUUGAAGCUCGGGGAGAUCCUGGCCAAUCUCAGCAACCCCCAGCUCCGGAGCCAGGCCGAGCAGUGUGGCACUCUUAUCAGGAGUAUCCCCACCAUGCUGUCCGUGCACUCAGAGCAGCUGCACAAGACUGGCUUCCCCACCAUCCACGCGCUGAUCUUGCUUGAGGGCACAAUGAACUUGACCGGGGAGAUGCAGCCCCUGGUGGAGCAGCUGAUGAUGGUGAAGCGCAUGCAGCAUAUCCCCACCCCUCUUUUUGUCCUGGAAAUCUGGAAAGCCUGCUUUGUGGGACUCAUUGAGUCCCCCGAGGGUACGCAGGAACUGAAGUGGACAGCGUUCACCUAUCUCAAGAUUCCACAGGUUUUGGUGAAAGUGAAGAAAUAUCUUCAUGGGGAAAAGGACUUCACUGAGGAUGUCAACUCUGCUUUCGAGUUCCUGCUGAAGCUCACGCCCUUGUUGGACAAAGCUGACCAGCGCUGCAAUUGUGACUGCACAAACUUUCUGCUCCAAGAGUGUAACAAGCAGGGGCUUCUGUCUGAAGUCAACUUUGCCAUCCUUGUGGGCAAGCGCACUGCAGAUCGGGACCCCCAGCUAAAAUCAUCAGAAAAUGCCAACAUCCAGCCCAACCCUGGGCUGAUCCUCCGGGCAGAGCCCACUGUCACGAACAUCCUCAAGACAAUGGAUGCGGACCACUCCAAGUCCCCAGAGGGGCUCCUGGGAGUGCUGGGACACAUGCUGUCCGGAAAGAGCCUGGACUUGCUACUGGCUGCUGCCGCCGCCACUGGGAAGCUUAAAUCCUUUGCCCGAAAAUUCAUCAAUCUGAAUGAGUUCACUACCCAUGGCAGCGGAGAGAGCACAAAAACAGCUUCUGUUCGUGCCUUGCUCUUUGACAUCUCCUUCCUCAUGCUGUGCCACGUGGCCCAGACCUAUGGCUCAGAGGUGAUUCUUUCUGAGGCAAGCUCAGGAGAAGAAGUCCCCUUCUUUGAGACUUGGAUGCAGACUUGCAUGCCUGAGGAGGGCAAGAUUUUGAACCCUGAUCACCCUUGCUUCCGACCAGACUCCACCAAAGUAGAGUCCUUGGUGGCCUUGCUCAACAACUCCUCAGAGAUGAAACUAGUACAGAUGAAGUGGCAUGAAGCCUGCCUGAGCAUUUCCGCAGCCAUUUUAGAGAUCCUCAAUGCCUGGGAGAAUGGGGUUCUGGCCUUCGAGUCCAUCCAGAAAAUCACCGAUAAUAUCAAGGGAAAGGUAUGCAGUCUUGCGGUGUGUGCUGUGGCUUGGCUUGUAGCCCAUGUCCGGAUGCUGGGGCUGGAUGAGCGUGAGAAGUCGCUCCAGAUGAUCCGCCAGUUGGCAGGGCCACUGUACAGUGAGAACACCCUGCAGUUCUACAAUGAGAGGGUGGUGAUUAUGAACUCAAUCCUGGAACACAUGUGUGCGGACGUGCUUCAGCAGACAGCCACACAGAUCAAGUUUCCAUCCACGGGUGUGGACACGAUGCCCUACUGGAACCUGCUUCCUCCCAAGCGCCCUAUCAAGGAGGUACUGACGGACAUCUUUGCCAAGGUAUUGGAGAGGGGCUGGGUGGACAGCCGCUCCAUCCACAUCCUCGACACCCUGCUGCACAUGGGCGGCGUCUACUGGUUCUGCAACAAUCUCAUCAAGGAACUGCUGAAGGAGACUCGCAAGGAGCACACACUGAGGGCAGUACAGCUUCUCUACUCCAUCUUCUGCCUGGACAUGCAGCAAGUGACCCUGGUCCUGCUGGGCCACAUCCUGCCCGGCCUGCUUACUGACUCCUCCAAGUGGCACAGCCUUAUGGACCCUCCUGGCACUGCACUAGCCAAACUAGCUGUGUGGUGUGCCCUGAGUUCUUACUCCACCCACAAGGGACAGGCGUCCUCCCGCCAGAAGAAGAGGCACAGGGAAGACAUUGAGGACUACAUCAGCCUCUUCCCCGUGGAAGACAUGCAACCUUCGAAGCUUAUGCGACUCCUGAGCUCCAACGAGGAUGACGCCAACAUUCUAUCGAGUCCCACUGACCGCUCCAUGAACAGCUCCCUCUCGGCUUCCCAACUCCACACAGUCAACAUGAGGGACCCUCUAAACCGAGUCCUGGCCAACCUCUUCCUGCUCAUUUCCUCCAUCCUGGGCUCACGCACAGCUGGCCCCCAUACCCAGUUUGUGCAGUGGUUCAUGGAGGAAUGUGUGGACUGCCUGGAACAGGACAGCAGGGGCAGCAUUCUGCAGUUCAUGCCCUUCACUACUGUAUCAGAACUGGUAAAGGUGUCUGCCAUGUCCAGCCCCAAGGUAGUACUGGCCAUCACAGACCUCAGCCUGCCCCUGGGUCGGCAAGUGGCUGCCAAAGCCAUCGCUGCACUCUGAGGAGCUUGGAGUGGCCUGGAGGGGUCCCAGCCCCAGCAACCCAGCAGGGAGAGUGAGGAUGAGCCCAGGCUGCCCCAGCCAGUAAUGCAAGAAUGCUUUCUCAGCCUGGGCCCUUCCCCAUUCCUGUCCUCUACUCCUGUGUCUACCACAUCUCCCAGUUCCUUCCGUAAUUUUCUGUCCUUGCGACCAGUGCUCAAAGACUCUGAGCAGUCCUAAUGGUUGCCCCAAUUCUUUGUUUGCCUUUUUUUUUUUUUUUUUCGACAGACAGGGGUUGUCUGUGUAGCAACUCUGGCUGUCCUAGAACUCCCUCUGUAGACCAGGCUGGCCUCAAACUCACAGAGAUCCACCUGCCUCUGUCUCCUGAGUGCUGGGAUUAAAGGCGUGCGCCACCACCACUCAGCCGGUUGCACCAAUUCUAGCAGUAGCUGAACUCCAAGGAGGGACUUUGUAGGGCCACAGUGUGUAUAUAAAUUUAUUUUUAUAACUCAUGAGGGAGAGUCCCUCUUGGUUCAUUUGUAAAUAAAGAUCCUUGUGGCUCCUGUGA